AAAUAACUUCAUAUUCAUAUUUUUUAAGAAAGAACCGUCUCGAGCUUAUAUAAAUCUCAAUAAAUUUUGACAGUUACUUAUUUUCUUUGCAACUAAUGACAUUAUCUCUUAGUUUUUAAUUAUGUGGAUAGAUAUUUCAUGUAACAUAAUUAAUUAUAUCAUAUAAAAAUAUAUUUUAUAUAAUUAAGUAAAAAACUAUUAUAAAAUGUAAUUAAUUCUUAAAUAAAAAACAUGACAACAUAAUAAUAAGAAACUGAUAUUAUUCAUUAUGGAUGAUAAUUUAUCUACAUAUUCAUAUUUUUGAAAUAUUUUGAAUCUUUUGAAUUAUUGAGAUUAGCAACUUUAUAAUAACCACAUAAUGGCCUCUGCUAUGGAACAGCAACAACAACAACAACAACAACAACAACAACAGCAACAACAACAACAAACUACUUUAGAAUUUUAUCAAGCAAUGGCUGAUUUUAAAAACAUGUUUCCACAAAUGGAUGAUGAUGUGAUUGAAGCUGUAUUAAGAUCUAAUCAAGGAGCUGUAGAUACAACAAUUGAUCAGUUACUUACUAUGAGUACAGAUAAUGAAAAUGAAAAAAUUAGGAGUGAAUUAGAGCAAAAUGAAAAAUCACCAAGUACUUCUAAGUCAUACAAAAUAGAUUCAACAAUAUCUUCAAAAAGUAUACGUAAAUGGCAACCUGCUUUAUUAGGACCAUUACCAGAUACAUUUCUUCGACUUCCUCAAGUUUCUGAAGAUAGUUUAGAUUCCUCUUACUUACAAGAAAAUUCAAUGAUAGAAGAUGAAAGAAUUGCUAUGUUUCUUCAAAAUGAAGAAUUUAUGGCUGAAUUACGUUGGAAUGAAGACUUUUUAUCAACAUUAGAAAAUGAUACAAAAAUUCAAGGAACAACUCUUGAGAAAUGUGACAGUCAAAUUGGUCAUGAUGAUGAAGAUCUUUUUAAAGAAAGACUAAAAAAUAUGGGCAAAAUGUCUCGACGUAAGUUUGCACAACUUACUAAAGUAUUUACACGCAGUAAAAAACGAGGAGGUAGACAGUUAUUACCUCCAACAGCUUCCUAUGACGACUUAUUAGAUUCAGAAGAAUCAUCUAGAUUUCAAUCUUAGAAAUUAGAACAGCUUUCUUAAUUUGUCAGGAAAAACAAUGACAAAAAUUCCAAUUGAUACUACAGUAAUUUAUCCAGUUCAAAAGCAAAAAAGAAGCAUAUCCUUAUUAGUAUUAAUAAUUGAAUGGAAAAUUAUAAAAAAGAUUUAGAUGAUAAUAGUUUUAUUAUUGUGGAUUAUAUAUUUAAAUUAGAACUCAAUUAUUCAUAUUCCAUACAAUUAAUUUACAUAAUAAUUACUAAAUUAUUUAAAUAAUUUCAAUUCAAAAGCACAGAAAGAUCAAAAAAUAUAAAAAUAAUAGCUUUAUAGAUGUCUAAAAAAAUGCAAAAUUACAGAAUAUUACAUAUUUUAAUAAUGUAAUAUGAACAAGUACACGUUCUAAAUACUAACAGUACAAUAAUUACAACAGUCAUAUUGUUGAAAUAAGAAUUUAUUAAAUUUUAUUAAAAAACAUGAAUUUUUUUAAUGUGACAUUUUAUAGCUUUACAAUAUGAUAUUCUAUAUAUAAUUCAUAUUAUUUAUAUUAUCUGUAAUUUAUUAUUAGUAGUAAUUUAAAAAAUUUAUAGUUUUUCGUAAUUUAUAUUUAUUUAAAAUAAAAGGUUUAUAAUUUUUGAAUUUAUAAAAACAUAAUAUUGUUAAAAUAUAGAAUAAAUGAUUUAUGAAUA